GAGAUUAUUCCAGAACGGGAGAGGGGGAGAAAAAAAAAGAUCGUCUUGUCCCUCCACAAGCGCUGUCUAUCGCGAGCUAACAGAUCUUCAGAAGUUGUAACCGAAAGCUUCUCCUCUGUUUGUUCUUCGUCCUGUUUCAGUUCACUUAAAGUAGGACCCGUGUCCGAGUUCGAUCAAAAUGUUUUCGAUAAACACUGCCCUGAUAAACCUGGACAAAAAGCUCCAGGAAGAGAACAAAUUUAACGAGUACUUGAUAAAAGUUGAAAAAUCUACUGGAAUCGAACGGCGAAAGAUAGUCCUAGGCACCUGCUUUGUCCUAGGUUUCCUAGUCAUCAUAGGAUACGGUGCUCAGCUCAUCUGCAAUGGCAUUGGCUUCGCAUAUCCCGCCUACGCAUCCAUAUUGGCUAUCGAGAGCAAGAACAAGGAGGAUGAUACCUGUUGGCUAACGUACUGGGUGGUGUUCGCUGGGCUGGCCCUCAUCGAGUUCUUUUCGGACUUCAUCCUUGCCCUUAUCCCUUUCUACUGGAUGCUCAAGUGCAUGUUCCUCAUCUGGUGCUUCCUGCCGUGGCGGCUCAACGGAUCCAGGUUCAUUUACUACAGGUUCAUCCGGCCAGUCUUCCUGACUCAUCUUGGGGAACCAGAGGAAGCUUCUUCUGAGGACAACUCCCCCGGGGAACACGAGAAGUCAAACUAAAUUGCUCCGAAUUUUGUGGCUUGGGACAAGGUUCUUUCCAUGUUUUUCCUCCUUCUGACGUGAUCGAUUGUGAUUCAUCGAACGAAUGACUCGAAGCACCGAAGAAUGAACCCUCGGAUGAAUAAGCUCGCCAAGAAGUGUCGUCAGCGAUUGUCGGAAAUUACAGUGCCAGAAGCUUUUGGGAUUUUUUCAUAAAAAUCAAAAUAGUUCAUCCUAAGAUUCGCGUCGAAUCGAAUAUCUACAGUGAACUUGUAUGAAGGAAUUUCGUCUCCCGUUUGCAAGAAGAUACAUUUGUGUUUUUUGUUACUGUAGGUAGAUGCUGAAUCGGUAAAUUUAGUUCAAUUUGUACUGGUUAUUCAAAUUAGUUUUAUCACAUAUCUGCAGUGAUCCGAAAAUGAAUCUCUCAAGCAACUGAUCUCAAAGUGGGAAAUUCUUGGCUUCUAAUAAUUUUGUCUUGAAGAAAAAUGAAGUGUUCGAACGGUCCAAACUUUGAGGACACUGCUAUCUGACAAUAGUGUUGAGAAAGUCAUUGCAUUUUAAAACAUCUUCCUUCUAAAAACAUAUCAGUUUCACGUAGUUAGUGCCUGUGACCUAUCAGAACCGUUGGAUAUAAAAUUGUUUUUAUGAGGUA